ACCUUAUUGGCGUUGUUAUUAUGCAAAUACCGAUGCAGUGAUAUAUGUAGUAGAUUCUAUAGACCGUGAUCGUAUGAGUACCUCAAGAGAGGAGCUUCAUGCUAUGCUUGAUGAAGAAGAAUUACGGGAUGCUGCGCUAUUGGUCUUUGCUAAUAAACAAGAUAUGGUUGGUGCAUUGACUUCAGCUGAAGUAUCUGACGCCUUAGGGUUGAGUACGUUGAAAAAUCGGCAAUGGAGUAUCUAUAAAACAAGUGCUGUAAAAGGUGAUGGCCUAACAGAAGGCCUAGAUUGGUAA